UGUCUGUAGAUGUUUUUGUCGACCCCUACAGGCUACCUAUAACAGGCCUACUAUUGCUCACGAUGGAUUUCAAGCAGAAAAGAGAAUUAAUGCUGCUUGAGAAACAGAUUGAGAAAGGAAGGACGAAUCUUUUAUCUAGAAUACAACACGAGGAAGCGAAACUUGAAACUCGAUUAAUGAAUUUAAAACUUCACCAUGCUGUUUCGAAGGUGCUUGUCGAUGAUGCUUUGAAUCCAAUAACUCUCGAUAUUCCCUCUGAACAUUUACCUUCCAUCGGAAAUACAGAGGAAAGAAAACCAGCAAUAAGUGACAAGCUUCGGAAACUACAUUUAGGAGUGAGUUCGUCACUUCCAGAUUUACGAGCCGAUGGCAACCUGUCUGAAGACGAAGCAAACUUGCAAGCGACACCCGCCAAAAAGAAAAACUCAACAGAGUCUGAAUCAGGUUUCAUUAAAACAUGCUUGUCGCUUGAAAAGAUUCCAGCCAACAAAGAAACCAAACAAAAAAGUAUGUUGGAAAGAGAAACCGAGAAAUUGUUAGGGAGCAGUUCGUCCGUAAAAUCAUCUGACCAAUCGGAUUUUAAUGAAUUUGAUAGCAGAGGUGAUAUCUUGAAACGCAACAGCAUGUCCUUGGGGCAACUGAAUGUUAAGGAGUGUUGGUUGGGCGAUCCAGACGCCAUAGGAUCUGUAAGGAGAGGAAGACGCACAGAAGACGAAAGACAUCUGAGAAGACUUAUAGUUCGUUCCUUGGACGACGUAUCUAGAAAAAAGAUAGUGGGGAGGAGACUUUACAAAAAAGCUGAAGAAGACGCAGAACGUGAAAGGAGAAUACAAAGUGCCGCCGCAAAAGAGGCGAAAUUAAGAGAAAAACAAAGAAAUAGCUUCGUCCCACCGUACCCAGUUUACUUUGCAGACGCGGGGCUCAAAUAUAAAGACACAUCAACAACAUUGCAAAAAACGUCACCAGAAAGCGUGUCAGAGGAUUCCGUCUUACCCAGCAGAAGACAUUCUUCAAAAGGGCAUCGCAUGCGAAAAAACGUUGAUGUACCUGAAAAAGCUGCUUCUUUCGAAAAUCUUCCAAUAAAGUUUGAAGUGAAAACGGAGAUUAAGCGAGCCCUUCAACUGGAACAAGCCAAGAGAGCGAACAUGCGUCCAUGUUCGUCUCCGGUAUUUAAAAGUUCUCAUGCUAACCACCCCGAGUUUAUCAGAGACGACAUAAGUGACGGUCAAAAUGACGGGAAUCAGACCACCUCCACCACAUCAGGCGCACCUUUUGUGCAUUCUAAACCUCCAACAGGAAGAUCUCAUAUGGCAACUAAACCCGCGAGAGUUCGGUCCUCUCCUUUGCCAAAGCUGCUAACAAGAAACCACAGUUUCCAUUUAUAAACAUUGUAAGGCCUGGGUUUUUAGAGGUACUAGCAUUUACAUCAACUUGAGCUCAAAUAACAGGCUCACAAAAGUUCAUUUUUACAUUUUAUUGCAUACAAAUGGUCUUGCAAAACUAUUUGUUGGACAUCAUAUUUUAAUAAUAAUAACAAUAAUAUCAGAGAGCUCUGUUGCUUUAUUACGUUGCUGCCAAAAAUAUUAUUAUUCCGGGUAGUUAUCAUGGGUUUAACUUAGUUUGCCAAAUGUGUUACUCAAAUAUUAGAUCAUUAAUCCACAGGCCAUUAUGUUAAUGACCAGAUGUUAAAAUACAAUUAUUUUCAUAAACACUUCCUAGAUGGAUAUCAAAUGUACUUGUCAUACUGAGGAAAAAAGCAAGUCAAUUAUGAAUUUCAAUUUAGUAUGUAAUGUUUUUUACUAAAAUUAGGAACUGCUAACAAUGAGCAUUUACUGCUUCAACGUGUCACAGUAAAAAAUCAACUCCUUGGAGUUUCUCAACAAAAUUGACCUCCGAUUCAUCUGUCUUAACAAAAGAGUUAUAAUUUGUCCUUUCUUGCAAUCACAUUGCACGAUUCCAUCCAAAUAUAUAUUUAUAAAUAUGUACAAAUAAAUAAGCAUGGUGAAAUUGUCCUAGGAAUCCUGAAUCAGUCAUAAAUUUUUCCCAGUUUGGGGUUGAUGUAGAAGACUUGAUUCCUGCUGUGACUACAGUUAUCUCUACAUAUUUUCAGAUUAAG